AUGAACUCGGACGGUGCUGGCCAUGGCAGCAGCGGCGUCGCCUCUAACGGCUGCGCCCCGGGCGCCUCAGGCCAAGCGCAAAGCUCCUCCUCGGCCGGCGGCGUCUCCUCCACCUCCUCCUCUACUUCCUCGGCCGCCGCCGACGCCGCCUUUGCGCCGAUCAAGAUUCUCAUCGCCUCCGACAUUCACCUCGGCUACUCGGAGGUGCACCCGAUCAAGGGCGACGACAGCUUUCGCGCCUUCGAGGAGGUGCUGAAGGCGGCGGCGAAGCACGACGUCGACCUGAUCCUCCUCGCCGGCGACCUCUUUCACGUCAACAAGCCGUCGAUUGCGACGAUGAACCGCGCCAGUGCUCUGAUUCGCAAGUACUGCUUCGGCGAGUACGACGAGGAGACCUGCGGCCAGCGGCUGCGAAUUCGCAACUUCAAGCAAGCCAACUUCCUCGACCCGAACCUGAAGGUGCGCUACCCCAUCUUCACCAUCCACGGCAACCACGACGACCCCACCGGCGUCCACCAGACCAGCGUCAUCGACCUGCUGGACAGCACCGGCCUGGUGAACUACAUCGGCAAGCGGAACCACGUCGAGGACGUCAUCCUCAAGCCGAUCAUCCUCGAGAAGGGCCUCACCAAGAUCGCCCUCUACGGCCUGGGCGCGAUGCACGAGGAGCGCCUCCACCACCUGAUCAACGCCGACAAGUUCAACUACAUGAUGCCCGACGACGACCAGAACAAGUACUUCAAGCUGCUGCUGGUCCACCAGAACCGCAUUCCCCGGCCGGGCACGAAGCACCUCGACCCGCAGGACCUGGACGAGCUGCCGAACAUGGUGGUCUGGGGCCACGAGCACGGCUGGAUCGGCGAGAUUGAGUUCUACCAGCAGGGCAACUUCUACAUCUUCCAGCCGGGCUCGACGGUGGCCACCUCGCUGUGCGACGCCGAGGCCGGCGACAAGGGCUACGGCGUGCUCACCGUCAACUACAACGUGCAGAAGGCGAAGCAGCGCUUCAAGCUGGCGACGCACACGCUGGAGAGUGUGCGGCCCUUUCUCCUCAAGACCGUCAACGCUGACGAGCUGCUGGAGAAGAAGAAGUUCAAGAGCGCCGAGGAGGCGCAGGACCACCUCUACAACCUGUGCAAAACGGAAAUCAAGGAGAUGCUGCGCACGGUGCGCGUCGAAACGGAAAUCAAGGAGAUGCUGCGCACAGUGCGCGUCGAGUACAGCAGCAACCUCCUGCCGCUGAUUCGCCUCCGCGUCGAGUUCACCGACCCCGAGGUGAAGUUCGACACGAAGCGCUUCAGCCGCGAGGGCUUCAACGCCAAGGUGGCCAACGCCGACGAGCUGAUUCGCUUCGUCAAGCGGUCGGACGUGGCCGCCGAGUACCGCAAGGUCAUGGACGAGCAGGAGAACUUCAACAUGCUGGAGAUGAUGAACGUACUGGACGACGGCGUGGUGAAGCAGACCAUCGAGGUGAGCAACAUCAUGGCCGACUACUUUGGCGGCCUCACCAACGAGCAGCACCAGCUGGGCCUCUUUGCCGAGCGCUACCUCACGGCGAAGAUUGUGGAGUACGUGGAGAAGGACGCCUCGGACUCGGUGGCGACGCUGGUGGACAACUACAAGAUGGGCCUCAUCUCGAUGAUGGGCGAGCCGGAGACGGUGAACCCCGAGGAGCUGAAGGAGGAGAUUCGCAAGGCGAAGGAGAGGCUGGAGACGAACACCGACCUGUGGAUGAACUUCGACAAGACCAUUCAGCAGGCGAAG